AAAUUUCGAUAAGAAACGAUGUUUAUUCUCCCGUACGAGGGCACUGUAUCAUUGGAUAAUAACUUUUGACGUCAUUACGGCGCAUGACGGAUUACAAAGUUAGGCUGAAGACAAAACAAAAAUACGCCAGUAUCUGGGAGACGUUUAAAUGACAAAAUAAUUAGGAUGAAGAGUAAACGUAACUAAUAAAGAUCUCAAAGAAUUACUUUGGAAUGAAAUGGAGAAAUAAUGAAUAAAACAAGUUUAGAAGAUAGUGAUAAAACGAUAAACACUAUCCUCAUGUGCAGAUUAUCUUGAUGCAGUCUACUAGUUCUAUUGAUGGCAAACUGCCAGUAUUUGUAUUUCCAUCUUCACUAACAUUCUAUGAAGAUGAUCAGUCUUCUCAUAAACAAAUUCUCACAUUAUAUAAUCCCUAUGAUUUCGCUGUCAAAUUUAGAGUUUUGGCAACGUCCCCAAGUAAAUAUGUUGUUGUUGAUCCAGAAGGAGUAAUUAAAGCUCGUUGUUGUGUCGACAUUGUUAUUCGUCACAAUGCAAUAUUUCCAAGUAAUUAUGGUGUCACCGAUAAGUUCCGAAUACAAAUGCAAGAAUAUGGGCAUAGUCAAGUAGCUGGUAAACGAGAUGUAUUGUCGAUACUCUGUCCAACAAAACCUGAUAGUUCAGCCACACUUUCCACAGAAGCUGAGCAGUUUCAACAACUUCAUCCUUUGUCAUCACAGACCAGUCAUAGAAGACAAUAUUCAAUAAAUGGUGGUAGAACAAGUCAUGCUACGGGGCCCAAUUUUUUAAUAAUUGCAUUGGCUAUAAUUUGUUUAAUAGCUUUAAUGUUGCCAACAACUGGAGAUGAUAUACUUUUUCAUCCAUAUUUACAACUGAGCACAAAUCAGAAAUUAAUUGCAGCUUAUACUCUGGGUCUUGUCACGAUUGCCAUAUUUCGAACAUGAUGAGUUCCUAAUUUGAGAGCGUGUAUCCAAAAUUUCCCCUGAAUAAUUUGCUGUAUAUUGCUACGCUAUGAUUCCUUGAAUUUGAUCAAUACUUAAAAUUGCUACAGAGAGAGAAUUAUUUAACAAAGUAUUAGAAAAAUUUUAAAAAUGUAUAAAGUAUCUGAACUUUGUAAUAGCAGAUUCAAAGUGUGAUUACUUAUCUUAUGAAAUACAAAGUAAUAUAUCCAAAAUGUUUGAUUUUAUUAAUAUAUAAGAACAUGUAUGUAUAUAUGAAUUAUGCAGAGAAAUAAUAAGAGAUAAGUUUAUAUUAAA